ACGCACGUCAAUCCGGGAGGAGGGGGUCACAAGUCGGCUUCAGAGGAGGAGGCGACCACCCAUAGGCAGACCGUCAACCUCCAGUCAACAACACCGACUGACAGCGCGUGUUAACUUCACGGAGACGCGGCGGCUGUGUGUUUUCACUCCAUGUUUUUCUCCUAACUGCCCUUCGCCACCAUGACAGAGGAGGAAACUAUAAAUGUGAAGGAGGUAGAGAUCAUCAAGGGGAUCUUGGACUUCCUCCACUCCAGGAAGUUGCACAUCAGCAUGCUGGCUCUAGAAAAGGAGAGCGGUGUGAUCAAUGGCCUCUACUCGGACGACAUGCUCUUCCUUAGGCAACUUGUGCUGGAUGGCCAAUGGGAUGAGGUCCUACAGUUCAUUCAGCCUUUGGAGUGUAUGGAGAAGUUUGACAAAAAGAGGUUCCGAUACAUCGUCUUAAAGCAGAAGUUUCUGGAAGCUCUUUGUGUGAAUAAUGCCAUGUCUGCUGAGGAUGAGCCACAACACUUGGAGUUCACUAUGCAGGAAGCGGUCAAGUGUCUCCACACCCUGGAGGAGUUUUGCCCCUCAAAAGACGAUUACAGCAAACUUUGUCUGCUGCUUACCUUGCCUCGGCUCACAAACCACGCUGAAUUUAAGGACUGGAACCCGAGCACGGCCAGGGUGCAAUGUUUCGAGGAGGCCUGCACUAUGGUGGCCGAGUUCAUUCCAGCGGACAGGAAGCUUAGCGAGGCUGGAUUCAAAGCCAGCAGUGAUCGCCUUUUCCAGCUGCUCCUCAAAGGCGUCCUCUAUGAGUGCUGCGUGGAGUUCUGCCAGAGUAAGGCGACCGGCGAGGAGAUCACCGAAAGCGAGGUGCUGCUCGGCGUGGAUAUGCUGUGCGGUAACGGCUGCGACGACGUGGACUUGUCCCUGCUGUCCUGGAUGCAGAACCUGGCCCACAGCGUCUUCUCCUGCGCCUUUGAACAAAAGCAGCUCAACAUCCACGUGGACCGCCUGGUCAAACCGGCCAAGACCGGCUACGCCGACCUGCUCACGCCGCUCAUUAGCAAACUGUCUCCGUACCCGUCAUCGCCGCUGCGCAGGCCACAGUCCGCCGACACUUACAUGUCGCGCUCAUUGAAUCCAGCCUUGGACGGCUUGGCCUACGGGCUAUCCGGUCAGGAGAAACGAACCGGCGGCGGCGAAGUCACGCCGGGUAAAGGUGUCUCCUCAAUGUCCCACUCCUUUGCCAAUUUUCACUACCCUGGAUCGGGAGGGCAAAACCUCAGCAGGAGCCUCAUGAUGGAGAGUUCCGACUGCCACAGCAUAUUUGAGGAAUCGCCUGAAACGUCGAGAACUGACACGCCUGUGGACAAAAUGAUGGGUUCAAGCGCAACUCAGAACUCUCGUCCUGCCUCAGCUCCAGGCGAAGAUGCACCUGCAGCUGGCUCUGCUGAAAAGAAUGAGCCCUGGGACUCCACAGAAAAGUACGAAGAAUAUUUCCGUCAGCGCCUGCGUGUGCAGCAGCACCUGGAGCAGAAGCAGCAGCAGAGGCAGAUGUACAAGCAGAUGCUAUUGGAAGGUGGUGUGCAGCAGGAUCCCCCGCCUGCUGACAUGCAGCACAGCCUCACAGAGAAGUUCCUCAACAAAUCCAUCCAGAAGCUGGAAGAGCUCAACGUGGGGAUGGACGGUUUAGGAGAAGAAGUGAAGUCUUUGGCCCAGCAGUGCAAUGGCAACCCGCCCAUCUCGGAGUGCAACAACAACCCACCGUCCGCCAGCCCGGAGCACAACAGGAGCCGUGGGGGAGGGGUGCUCAGCAGCACCCCGCAGCACGUAGCGGGGGGCCGUCCAGUGUCGCCACUGAAUGAAUCUCCCGUUUUUUCACACAGUGGGCAAAAUCACAAAGCAGGUCCUCAUGGUGACUCACCUGGCUCUUUAUCCCGCAGUAAAGAGGGUGGCGACAAAGAAAAAAGUCUGUUCGUGGCCGUGCAUACGCUGGAAGACACGCAGGCUGUCCGCGCCGUUUCCUUCCACCCUUCAGGGGCCCUCUACGCCGUUGGCUCCAACUCUAAAACGCUCCGUGUCUGCGCUUAUCCAGAAAAACUAGACACCAGUGGCUCGAGUCCAGUCAAGCAGCCGGUGGUCCGCUUUAAAAGGAACAAACACCAUAAAGGUUCUAUCUACUGCGUGGCCUGGAGUCACUGCGGGCAGCUACUGGCAACCGGCUCCAAUGACAAAUACGUUAAAGUUCUACCAUUUAGUGCCGAGACCUGUAAUGCCACAGGCCCAGAUUUGGAGUUCAGCAUGCACGACGGCACCAUCAGGGACUUGGCUUUUAUGGAAGGUCCGGAAAGCGGCGGGGCCAUCUUGAUCAGCGCCGGGGCGGGAGACUGCAACAUCUACACCACAGACUGUCAGCGGGGGCAGGGACUGCACGCCCUCAGCGGACACACGGGUCACAUCCUUUCUCUUUACACCUGGGGAGGAUGGAUGAUCGCGUCCGGUUCCCAAGACAAGACGGUGCGAUUUUGGGACCUCAGAGUGCCCAGCUGCGUGCGAGUGGUGGGCACGGCUUUCCACGGCUCAGGCAGCCCCGUGGCAUCGGUGGCGGUGGACCCGAGCGGGCGUCUGCUGGCGACGGGACAGGAAGACAGCGCCUGCAUGCUGUACGACAUCCGCGGCGGGCGCAUCGUGCAGGUGUACCGUCCACACAGCAGCGACGUACGCUCGGUGCGCUUCUCCCCUGGCGCUCACUACCUGCUAACAGGCUCCUACGACACCAAAGUCAUGGUCACCAAUCUUCAAGGCGACCUGACCAAGCAGCUUCCUCUGACCGUGGUCGGGGAGCACGGCGACAAGGUAAUCCAAUGCCGGUGGCACACCGACGACCUCUCCUUCCUGUCGUCGUCCGCUGAUCGAACCGUCACACUGUGGACUCACAACCCGUGACGCCCGCCAUAGCACAUUUAUCCUCAACGACGCACACAAAAAGAAGUACUGCGUAGGGAAUCAAAACGAUGAGAAAAUUAGCGACACAUGGAAGCACAUACAUAGUUGCGUACACUCACUACAGAAAUUUGUUUGGAUUUAGUCAAUAUUCUUAGUAGGCAGUUUAAGGUCUGUGGAUUACCAGGUGGUGGGAACCUCUCACGAUGAUCUCACAAUAUGGCGAUACAACAACGAUCGAUACAUGGGUGAGGAAAUCAUUUUACGAUCAUCUACGAUACGACAAAACAGAAAAAAAAAUAUUUCAUCCUGCUGUGAAUUGGAAUGAGUUUAUCACUACUAGAUGUCCAAUCCAUUUGAAGUGGGAGGUUGGCAACCAUCCGUCCCACUUUCAAACGGAUUGGACAUUUAAGGCCGUCAGUGGCAGCCAAUGCCAGGAAACAGUUCAUUUUGGGGCAUGUCACGUCAAUUUCUGUUGAUUUUUGGGGUCACUGUAUGUUGACUUUCGGGCAUUUAAAGUGCAUAUGACACGAAAAAGCAUGUUUAUUUCAUAAUACACGCGGUGUAUUCACCGUGGAUAUUGGCCAAAACAAGCCCUACUACUGUGGGACCAUUGGACUUACGAAGAAGUGCGUAUACAUUGUGUUUUGUGUUAUGUCAAAUACUGGGAUCAUUUUAAUAUGUAAGUGGCUUGCAUUUUGUGGCUGACAUGCAUGCGGGGCGGCUAUUUUUCAGCACAACACCGUUGGCUUGUCGCACAUCCACCCGCCGGGAGAGCACUAUAUUCUUAUUGUGCUCAUGUGCCCGGUGUUCUGUCAAAUUUCCCGACCGAUCAGAAAUUGCAACUUUGAGUUAAAAAUAGCCGCGAAUACAGCGAUUACAAAGUAAACACUACAAACUUUCUUUAUAAUAAGGACUACUUAGGUUUGAUCAUUGAUAGGCAUGUAAAAAGCUCUCCUCAUGCACAUUAGCUGCACGUUAGCUGCACAAUACCUGCAGCCGCCCUCCUCCGGGGAACGAGCUGUAAAUUGCUCUCCGGCGAAGACAAUCGACAACCCAGUCGUCAUGUCAAAACAUCCGGGCUAGUUAUGUGUGAUUUUCAGCUUCGAAGACUUUGAAACAUCACUCGCUUCGGGUUAGCAUGUCGGCUAGCUGUCACGCCUCUUGGUUUGUUUACAUUCUCCGAAGCCGGGGAAGGGAAACGACAUAUGUCCGAUUUAGGUGUCAUAAAAUAUCGUUAUGGAGGUGCGACAGUAAAGGUGAAGUCGACAGUUUUGACCAUUAUGGAGUAAUUUUGCCAUGUCGUCCUGAAUAAGUGCAUUUUUAUUAUUUCAUAUUCCAUUUAGCUCAAGACUGUUAUUUGUCAUGACCAUGCCAUUUAUUUAGCAAUUGAGGAAAAUACUUGAAUAAAAAGAAUAUCCUGUAAAAAUAUUAAAGUAAAAAGACAGAAACAAAUGACAUUUUGCAGCUCUCUUCGUUGCGUUUUCCUCGUUGUGAAUAGUUCCCCCUCGACGGGCUGACUGGUCCUUCUCAAGCCAUUUAUAUAGCUAUUGGGGAAAAAUACUUGGAUAAAAAGAAUAUCCUGUAAAAAUAUUGGAGUAGAGAGACUGAAACAAUGACAUUUUGCGUCUCUCUUCAUCGCAUUUUCCUCGUUCUGAAUAAUUCCCCCUCAAUGGGCUGAACAGUAAAACCGAUGAGCCCUGUCUACCGCUGACGUCAUCCACCUGUUGGGGACGCUAAAGCCCUAUAAUGGUAGGCGUGGCUAACCAGCAGUUUAAAAGACUAAUUUCUCGUCAUCUGCGCUUUGCUAAAUUGUUGUAUAUAGUCGAAUCGUCUCAAAAUAUGAUUCUAAUUCACAUAAUAAUGCUAUUUAAGACUUUUUUUUCUCCUGUCGUAUGCUCUUUACUUUACUUUUCAUUACUUGCUGUCGAUUUUGGGUUACUCAUAAAGAAGUGACUCGAAUAUCCCCAAUUGGUCAUUUUUGUUGGGAACCUUUUGUUGACGUGUGAUAGGGUGACCUUGCCUCCCCGGCUGAGUGUUUCUGUUUCGCCUUGCCGUUUUAAUCGCUGUCGACUUGAAUAAAUUGUCAAUUUGUUUUCGGUGAGCCGUCUUCAAAUCCUUAAAUACCUGCAACAUGAAGCAAUUAUCAGAGAAUCCCAAAAUUUGAAAAAUAAGGUCCUAAUGAAACCUUUUUUUCAAAAUUUUAAAAGUCAUAAUGAAUAUGUGUAAUAAGCGCUCUAAUAUCUCUAAACCUUGCUAAAUCAUGUUUUUUUUUUUCUCAUGGAACCUGCAGAUGAAUGUGUUGACUUGCAUCCAUCAUUUUUUUUUCAAAAUGAAAUGUCAAAAUUCUGAAUUAGUCUCAAAAUCAUGAAAUUUUAGGUGUAUCAAAUGUGAUACAUUUGCCAAUAAAGGGUUAAACCUUUCAAAAUGGAGUCAGUACAAAGGGUUAAGACUAAGGUGAACGUGCGGGGUUUGGCCUUCUGGCCGGAUUGUUGGAUUCCCGCCGGCCCGGGCCGUUGGAGCUACGCUAGCGCGGGUUCGGCCGGGCAAUUUGGCUCGAAGGUCAGAUUCCUUCACCUGAAAUGGCUAAAAAUGACCUCGUUGUCUGGCAUUGGCUGCCACAGAAGUGGGAGGGGCCUGUUUGAAGUGGGAGGGAGGGGUUCAAUUGCUGCCACCCCUCCCAGCUCAAAUGGCUUGGACGUCUACUGGUGAUAGCUUUGAAGGAAUCAGACAUUUUAGCCAGACUGGUGCAUCUCCAACGACCCGGGCUGGUGGGACUGUGACAUCCCGGCCAAAAGGCCAAACUCCGCGCGUUCACCUUAGUCUUGACCCUUUAUUGCCAAACCCCCUUAUUGCCAAAUGUAUCACAUUUGAUACACCUAGAAUUUCAUUAUUUUGAGACUAAAUCAGAAUUUUGACUUUUAAAAAAAAAAAAAAUGAUGGAUGCAAGUCAACACAUGUAUCUGCAGGUUUCAUGAGAAAAAGAAACAGGAUUUAGCAAGGGCUAUAGAUAUAGAGCGCUUAUUAUACAUAUUCCUUUGACUUUAUUUACAAAUUUGAAAAAAAAGGGUUCUUUAAGACCUUAUUUUUCAAAUUUUGUGAUUCCUGACAAUUGCUUCAUGUUGCUAGGUUAAACCUUUGUACUGACUCCAUUUUGAAAGCUGGAAAAAAGGCUUCUCAGCACGAGUUGAGAGUCUAUUCAGGUCCACAGCGAUCAAACGGCAAGGCGAAACAGAAACAGACUCAGGCAGGGAGGCAAGGUCACCCUAUGUUUUCCGAAAUUUCCAGGUUCGCGGUGAAUCAGUAAUAGGCACACUUUUUCAAAAUAGACAAUGUUUAUUGAUUAGAAAAUGCAGAAAAAAUUAGAUUUAUUGAUUACAAUCCCACAAGAGCAAGCAACAAGUAUCAAAAACAAGCAUAACAAGGGUAACGAUGACGCUAGAUUGAGUUUGUCAAUCCCAGAAUCCCCGCGCUACUGUUACAGCACAAAUGUCCCUUAGCAAUGAAAACCGCUUACCGUGACAAAUGAGCGGGAGCCAACGCUCCGGUAAGGCGGCGAAGGAACAAAGCCAGGCGAUCCGUACGUGACCCGCUGGUGGACUUCACUGGUCGCCCGGAAAUGCCCGGUUUUUGUAGGAACGUGCCACACGGGGGAGGAGACUGCCAACCUCCACUCCCAGGCGGCGCGGCCCCGUCCAAUGACAAAGCUACUUUUGGUUCAGCCCCUCGAAAAAGGGGCUUUUCCCUGCGUGGUUCCCAGGUUGUGUCGUCCGGUAGCAGAUGUUGUGUUCCCACGGUAAAUAUUAUGAGUGCAAAAGAUGUUAUCUCGUGAGAUUCCCUCCUAACUAUGGAACCCAGGCGUGUUAGAAACAAUACUAUGGUGCAAAACAAGUUAUCUCGUGAGAUUCCCUCCUAACUAUGAAACUCAAGGUCAAAAACAAUCGAAGUUGUUAGAAUCUAGAAGCAAUCAUACAUCACAAAGGCAUAAUGUAAUAUUUUCCCCCAUCACCCCAUCACAAGUCAACAAAGGGUUCCCGAGAAAAAUGACAACUCUUAGUUAAACAAGUCUUUUGAAGGCGCUCACUGGGCGGGCCGUGGGCAGUAAGAAAGGUGUGUUUGGGCGUUGUUUAAGAUUGUCUGUUUGUGGAUUGGACCGGAGGAUUACGGUUGUCAGGGCUACGAGAGUUGUGGAUUUUGCCACCUCAGCGUCAAAGGGAAUCUUGUCAGUCGUGUUAUCAGUUGGAUAUCGGGCGUUCUCCGGUGUUCCUUGUUUUGGGACAGGGCGUCCCGCCAUUUGUUCUGGACUGUCAGGUGCAGACGUGGGCUUGUCAGCAUUAAUCUUGCUCAGUCAUUUGCAUGACGCACACGUUGGGCUUCCGUGAUAAAAAGGCUUUGUAUCCCAAAUCGUAUCGUGAGGUACCAAGAGGUUCCCACCACUAGUCGACACUAUUCUAUUGGAAGAUUUUGGUCGCGACCUGUUUGUUUUUAAACAGUGACACCUUUUAUAAACGAUACAGCGAUUCUUGGCGGGAGCAUACCGAUAACCUUUUAGGCUGCAAAGUAUCGCGAUAUAUCAGCUUUCCGAUAUAUUGUAACACCCUUAGUUGGCAUCGCAAAGGAACACAAAGCACUGGAACUGUUUGCACACAUACUCACACUUCAUACCAGGUUGCAUGCGAGCUUUUUUCAUGAUGGUGCCUUCCUUGAUUUUUUUUUUUUUUUUUCAUGUUAAGCAAACCAGAUCAAACUUUUUGCAAAUUUCUGUAGCUGCUGUUGUAGUUCAUUUCUGGGAAAAGUGGAAGUUCUCGUGUUCGGUGUGUCAAUAGCAAGCUUGUGGCAGCUUUUAACGUCUCUGCUGUUGCUUUUUGACGUACUAACAUUACUGCAUCUACUGGAUUAUUAGCCCAAAUGUUGUUUUCAAAAAUGAAUUAUCAGUAUUUUUCAUCGGAAAGAUUGUUAUAAAGCCAGUGUCCAAAAAGGGAAUUUUUUUUAGGUUGUGUUCAAAUACUGCUGUACUGAGUUAAUAACAAUAGGGGGCAGGCUUAUCCGCACCAUUAUCAUUUAUUUGAAGACAGUAUUUGGAGAAAUUUAUUUUUAAGUUUAAUGCACUUUGUCUAACAAUUGUUUUUAACUCGCUUGUAAACAAAUAACACCAAACUAAUACGUGUAUAUUUAUUUCAGUUAUGUACAGUUAUUAGUGUUUUAAAAUGCUGAUGUAUUAAGCUUGUCUAAAUUAUUGUUUUCUAGAAAAAAGGGAUUUUAUUUAACGCAAGCUAACAUAUAGGUCUUAUGUUCAAUAAAGUGACUUUUCAUCCACUGUAA